AUGGAGGCCAUAUUAACCAGUCAGAGGCCACACCAACCAAUCAGAGGCCAUAUCAACCAAAUGGAGGCCACACCAACCAGUCAGAGGCCAGACCAACCAGUCAGAGGCCAUAUCAACCAGUCAGAGGCCAGACCAACCAGUCAGAGGCCAUAUCAACCAGUCAGAGGCCAGACCAACCAGUCAGAGGACAGACCAACCAGUCAGAGGCCACACCAACCAGUCAGAGGCCAUAUCAACCAGAUGGAGGCCAUAUUAACCAGUCAGAGGCCACACCAACCAAUCAGAGGACAGAUCAACCAGUCAGAGGCCAUAUCAACCAGUCAGAGGCCAGACCAACCAGUCAGAGGCCAGACCAACCAGUCAGAGGCCAUAUCAACCAGUCAGAGGACAGAUCAACCAGUCAGAGGCCAGUUCAACCAGAUGGAGGCCACACCAACCAAUCAGAGGACAGAUCAACCAGUCAGAGGACAGACCAACCAGUCAGAAGCAAGAUCAACCAGUCAAAGGCCACACCAACCAAUCAGAGGCCACACCAACCAAUCAGAGGCCACACCAACCAAUCAGAGGCCAGAUCAACCAGUCAGAGGCCAUAUCAACCAGAUGGAGGCCAUAUUAACCAGUCAGAGGCCACACCAACCAGACAGAAGCAAGAUCAACCAGUCAGAGGCCACACCAACCAAUCAGAGGCCAGAUCAACCAGUCAGAGGCCAUAUCAACCAGAUAGAGGCCAGACCAACCAGUCAGAGGCCACACCAACCAGUCAGAGGCCAGAUCAACCAGUCAGAGUCUGGAUCAACAAGUCAGAAGCCAGACCAACCAGUUAAAGGCCUGAUCAGCCUGUCAGAGUCCGGAUCAACCAGUCAGAGUCUGGAUCAACAAGUCAGAAGCCAGACCAACCAGUUAAAGGCCUAA